GUCUCCCCUACACCUCUUUACCAGCUUAUCCGGGGUAGAUCUUUAUAUUAAAUAAGUGACAAAUGCAGGAACAUCCAGUCGUUAGGCAUUUAUCACUUGUUAGCAAUUUUCUGGGGAGCGUAUCCCGAAGAACACACUUAUCUGAAUACCAAUUACUCUUCCUUUUCAUUUUUCCUGCUAUAAUUGUGCUUGGACAACUUAUGAGUUUGUUCUCCCCCGAUGAAACAGUACAUAACUACUUUACUUCCAGUGGCAACUUGGUGAACAGGUAUUUUGUAAAACAAGGAUGGUUCUGGACUAUGGUAACCUAUACCAAUUUGGUGUUAAACAAAGUGAAGAGAAGAGUGUUGCAAAGAAAAGCACUCUUGAUUUCCGUAAUGCGUGUCUCAUUGAUUACGAUUUGUUGGUUUUUAUUUACACAGUGGUGUUUUGGGCCACCAUUAAUGGAUAAAAUCUUUUUAAUGACUGGCGGUCAAUGUACCAAUAUUGAGCAAUCAAGCAUUCCAGCUACACUCAAAAGCUUGUUUGAAAAUACUUUGUCCACCACUAAUGGACAAAGUUUUUCUUCUAGUUUUGUAUCGUCUGCAACUUGCAGACGCCUCAAAGGUUCGUGGGAGGGAGGGCACGAUCCUUCCGGACAUGUUUUCUUGCUUACUUUGAGCAGCACUUUAUUGAUUGUGGAAUCAAUUGAAUUGUAUACGAGUGAAGACAAUUUAGUACAAGAGCUAUUCGCCAAGAAUCUAAGUUGGAUACAGUUUAUUGUUCAUCCAAUUAUACUAACUUUAGUGGUGGUUUUAACUGGGUUGAACAUGCUUUUGAUGACGAUAGUGAAGUAUCACAGCCUGAAGGAACAAUUAGGUGGACUGAGUGCUGCAUUAGUCGUCAUAUGGAUGGCUAAUCGGAUAGUUAAGGCAUUGGUACUGUAAUACUAGUAAAUAAAAAAUUCUGUGUAAAUAAAAUCGAAUAAAUUUAGCCGAGGCGUCAAAACGUGCG